CCAGAGAAACUGAACUACCUUUGUCGCAUUUGCACCGGCUGAAACCGGCGCGGUUGUGAUGGUGGGGUGCUGAAUGGAAUGGUGGUGCUCAGGUGAUUUCCCCCUUCCAUAUUUCCUGACUACCUUGAUUGUGUGGAAGACGCAGAACGAGACGACGAGGAAAGAAAUACUACAGAAAACACCUGUUGAUUGUUCUCAACCAAAUCUGGGCCUCAAACAACAUCUUGAAGUUGUGGUUUAGUCCAUUAGAUUGUGUGUGAAAUACUCGAAACAUUGUCCAUCUGCAGCCUCCUCCUAUUGGUUUCAAUUCAAAGUGGUCGGCUUGAUUCGCAAUCAUCAAUCAACGAAAAUGGGCGAUUCUCAAUUCGUUCUCAUUCAAGGAGGAACCGUGGUCAACGCCAAUGAAUCCAUCAGGGCCGAUGUUCUGGUUGAGGACGGGAUCAUUCGGAAAGUUGGUGAAAACCUGAGCGCUCCUGAAGGGGCUCGAGUGAUCAAUGCAGAGGGGAAGAUGGUCAUGCCAGGGGGAAUUGACACCCACACGCAUUGCCAAAUGCCGUUUAUGGGAACCCAAGCCGUUGAUGACUUUUAUAUUGGCACGAAAGCCGCCUUAGCGGGGGGGACAACCAUGAUCAUUGAUUUUAUCAUCCCCCAGAAAGGUGAAAAGCUCGCUGAUGCAUACAAGAAGUGGAAAACAUGGGCUGAAGAAAAAGUUUGCUGCGAUUACAGCUUUCAUAUGGCCAUUACGCAUUGGGAUGAAAGUGUGCGUAAGGAUAUGCGUUUGAUGUCCACCGAGGAGUACGGAAUCAACUCGUUUAAAAUGUUCAUGGCUUACAAGGACGUGUUCAUGUUACAAGAUCACGAGAUGUUGGAGGUGUUCAAGACUUGCCGGGAGAUUGGGGCUAUUGGCCAGGUUCAUGCAGAGAACGGCGAUGUCAUUGAGGAGAACCAGAAGCGACUGCUGGCCAUGGGUAUCACUGGUCCAGAGGGUCAUCCUCUCUCUCGACCUGAAGAAGUUGAAGCGGAGGCCGUCCUUCGUGCUUGUGUCAUUUCUAAUCAAGUCAAGUGUCCACUUUAUGUGGUUCAUGUAAUGAGCAAAUCUGCUGCAGAGAUCAUUAUGACCAAGAGGAAGGAAGGUGCAGUCAUCUUCGGAGAGCCUAUUGCGGCGUCUUUGGCUUGCAAUGGCACCCAUUAUUGGCACAAGUGUUGGAGACACGCUGCUGCCUAUGUUUUAAGCCCACCUUUGCGAGAGGAUGAAGGCACUCCCGAUUACCUCAUGGAUCUUUUGGCUCAAGGACACCUCCAAUGCACGGGAACUGACAAUUGCACGUUCAAUUCAAGCCAGAAGGCUAGAGGUAUCAACGAUUUUACCAAGAUUCCCAAUGGAGUCAAUGGCUUGGAGGAUCGGAUGAGUGUGAUCUGGGAGAAAGGCGUUUGGAGUGGCAAAAUGAGCCCAGAACGAUUUGUGGAUGUCACCAGUACGACAGCCGCCAGGAUCUUCAACAUAUAUCCUCAGAAGGGCGUGAUUGCUCCAGGCUCAGAUGCCGAUAUCCUCGUUUGGGAUCCUGACCGCACUCGCACCAUUUCUGCCGAGACUCACCAUCAUGCCGUGGAUUUUAACAUUUUUGAAGGUAUGACCGUCCAUGGCGUGGCUGAAGUGGUUCUGACCAAUGGCAAAGUGGUGGUUGAGAAUGGAGAGGUGAAUGUUACCCAAGGUUCCGGCAAGUUUGUACCCAAUUUACCCCACUCUCCCUACGUCUAUGAUUUGGUGCGCACCAAUGAGAAUAUUCGGAUUGCCAAGGAGGUCAAAGUCGAACGAUCCGCUGAAGAUAUGUUUGUGGACAUGAGCAAACUUGAUUUAAAACCAGAGCCAAUCACCGUCAAGACAAUCGAUCAGUUGUGGAUAGUAAGCCUGUUAUUCGAGUCCGUAAUCCUCCAGGGGGAAAGUCAUCCAUCUUCUUUUAAACUAAGAAGAUGGUGUUGAUGAUGAAUGGCUGUUGGGGGCAGUUCCAUUAUUCUGAGGGCAUGAUGACCCAUUUGCUCUGUCGUCCUCAGAUUUAACCGAGUUACUAAUAAAAUGAUUCUUAAUACUUGCACUCUCAA